GCCCCGGCCGCGAUGGCGGCGGCACCGGCGGCCGAGCGGCCCAAGAGCUCCCCCAAGGCGGUCAAGUUCCUCUUCGGCGGCCUGGCCGGGAUGGGGGCCACGGUGUUCGUGCAGCCGCUGGACCUGGUGAAGAACCGAAUGCAGCUGAGCGGGGCCGGGGCCAAGGGCAAGGAGUACCCGACCAGCCUGCACGCCCUGGGGGCCAUCCUGCGGGGGGAGGGGCUGCGGGGGCUCUACACUGGGCUGUCGGCGGGGCUGCUGCGCCAGGCCACCUACACGACCACCCGGCUGGGCAUCUACAGCGUGCUGCUGGAGCGGCUGGGGGCGCCCGACGGGACCCCUCCCCCGUUCCUGGCCAAGGCUGCCAUCGGCAUGACCGCGGGCGCCGCCGGCGCCUUCGUGGGGACCCCUGCCGAGGUGGCUCUGAUCCGCAUGACAGCCGACGGCCGGUUGCCCCCGAGCGAGCGCCGCGGCUACCGGAACGUCUUCGAUGCGCUGCUGAGGAUGGCCAGGGAGGAGGGCGUGGGGACCCUCUGGAGGGGCUGCAUCCCCACCAUGGCCAGGGCCGUGGUGGUCAACGCUGCCCAGCUGGCCUCCUACUCCCAGUCCAAGCAGUUCCUGCUCGACUCCGGCUAUUUCAGGGAUGACAUCCUGUGCCACUUCUGUGCCAGCAUGAUCAGCGGCUUGGUCACCACGGCUGCCUCCAUGCCCGUCGACAUCGUGAAGACCCGGAUCCAGAACAUGAGGACCAUCGAUGGGAAGCCUGAGUACCGCAAUGGGCUGGAUGUGCUGGUGAAGGUGGUGAGAUAUGAAGGCUUCUUCAGCCUCUGGAAGGGCUUCACCCCCUACUAUGCCAGGCUGGGCCCCCACACCGUGCUCACCUUCAUCUUCCUCGAGCAGAUGAACAAGUGGUACAAGAGGCUUGUCCUCAGUGCCUGAGCCCUAGGGGGGCUGGGGGGCUGCCUCACGGCCCUAUGAGGGCUAUAGGGCAGUUCUAUGGGGGCUGUGGGGUGUCCUUAUGGCCCUGUGGGGCCUAUAGGGCAGCCCUAGAGGGGCUGUAGGGUGUCUUUAUGGCCCUAUGGGGCCUCUAGGGCAGCCCUAGAGGGGCUGUAGGGUGUCCUUAUGACCCUAUGGGGCCUCUAGGGCAGCCCUAGAGGGGCUGUGGGCUGCCUUGUGGCUCUGGAGGGGGCUAUAGGACAGCCCUGGAGGGGCUGUGAGGUGUCCUCAUGGCCCUGUGGGGUGUCCUUAUGGCCCUAUGGGGCCUAUAGGAUAGUGCUAGAGGGGCUGUAGGGUGUCCUUAUGGCCCUGUGGGAGCUAUAGGGUGGCCCUGUGGG